UAUCCGUUAAUGGUAUAUAAAGUAUAUUUGAUGCACGAUGGAAAUUGUAGUCUUAUCUCGUGUAACAUAACAGAUCACAGAGUUUAAAAACUCAAUUUCCCACAGUUCAGGGCUUGCACCAGUGUUGUCAAGUCAAGGUUAGUUGGCUCUGCUGCACGAUACACCGUAGAGUAAACUCACUUCUUUCUGAAGUUAUUGGGAGGUCAGAGGGUAUCUGAAUCCUAAUCUAAUUAGUUGUAAAUGGUUAUGACAUAAAUCAAGGAAUUGAUAUAUUAUGCACUGGCAAAUUUCAUCUGAUCGACUACAGUAGUCGGUACAGAUAAUAUUUACGAAAAGUGACCAACAUGUUUCCAGCUUGCAAGUAUACACUACAAGCACGUCGGUGUCUGUGUUCUGUCACGGCACUACAGAGGGCACACUCUCCAUCCCUGUUUUGUGCUACAAGAUGGUCCUCUUCCUCCUCUACAACACCUCGCAUCACUUCACACUACACCGUCUAUCCACGGGAGAAGGACCCACGAUGGGAAGGGGUGGACAUGGAGAGAUUUGUGGAUGAAGCUGAUGUAGUGGUAGUGGGUGCAGGUCCAGCUGGCCUGUCGGCUGCUAUCCGUCUCAAACAGCUGGCCAGUGAGCAGGGUAAAGAGCUGCGUGUGUGUGUGGUGGAGAAGGCCUCUCAGAUUGGAGCCCACACCCUAUCAGGAGCCUGUAUUGAACCCAGUGCACUGCAGGAGCUCUUCCCAGACUGGAAGGAAAGAGGAGCUCCCCUUCAUACUCCUGUGACAGAAGAUAGGUUCGGCAUUUUAACAGAAAAGUACAGAAUCCCUGUGCCAAUAUUACCAGGCCUCCCAAUGAACAAUCACGGGAACUACAUUGUGCGUCUAGGCCAUUUGGUCAGUUGGUUAGCAGAACAAGCAGAAGAACUUGAGGUGGAGCUCUAUCCAGGGUAUGCUGCUGCUGAGGUCUUAUUCCAUGAAGAUGGCAGUGUAAAGGGGAUUGCUACAAAUGAUGUUGGCAUUAGUAAAGAUGGAUCACCAAAGGACACAUUUGAAAGAGGGAUGGAGCUCCAUGCCAAAGUAACAAUAUUUGGUGAGGGUUGCCACGGACAUCUGGCAAAGCAGCUGUAUAAACAUUUCAACCUGAGGCAGCACUGCGAACCCCAGACGUAUGCUAUUGGACUGAAAGAGGUAUGGGUUAUUGAUGAGAAGUGGAGGCCUGGCAGAGUUGAACACACAGUGGGUUGGCCUCUUGACAGACACUCAUAUGGAGGAUCUUUCUUGUAUCAUUUAAACGAAGGGGAACCAUUGUUGGCUCUUGGUUUUGUGGUUGGCUUGGAUUACCAGAACCCAUAUAUGAACCCAUUCAGAGAAUUUCAAAGGUGGAAACACCAUCCAACUGUGUUGCCAACACUAGAAGGAGGAAAAAGAAUUGCAUACGGAGCUAGAGCACUGAAUGAAGGUGGCUUCCAGUCCUUACCCAAACUGACUUUCCCUGGUGGCUUGCUGGUUGGUUGCAGUCCUGGUUUCAUGAAUGUUCCAAAAAUCAAAGGCACUCACAGUGCUAUGAAGAGCGGGAUGAUGGCAGCAGAGACUAUCUUCUCAAAACUCACCAAUGAGAAUCUCCAGUCAGAGACAGAAGGACUCUGCGUCCCUGAAUAUGAAGAAAAUCUGAAAAACUCCUGGGUUUGGAAGGAGCUGUACUCUGUGAGGAAUAUCAGACCUUCCUGUCAUGGGUUAUUUGGAGUUUACGGUGGUAUGGUUUACACUGGUAUAUUUUAUUGGAUACUCAGAGGAAAAGAGCCGUGGACAUUGAAACACAAAGGAUUGGAUUCUGAUCAGCUGAAACCUGCCAAAGAUUGCACCCCAAUAGAGUACCCAAAACCGGACGGGAAGAUCAGCUUUGACCUCCUUUCCUCUGUGGCUCUGAGUGGAACUAACCAUGAACACGACCAGCCCCCACACCUUACCUUGAAGAACGACAGUAUCCCUGUGAACAAUAACCUUGCUAUAUAUGAUGGGCCAGAGCAACGGUUUUGUCCAGCUGGGGUGUAUGAAUAUGUUCCUGUAGAAACAGGAGACGGCAUGAGGCUGCAGAUCAAUGCACAGAAUUGUGUUCACUGCAAGACCUGCGACAUUAAGGACCCAAGUCAGAACAUCAACUGGGUAGUACCUGAAGGAGGUGGAGGCCCUGCUUACAAUGGGAUGUAAGCAUUACAGGGAGGGUGUUACAGUUCUGCAAUCUUACACUGUACAGACAUCAACAAAUGCAAAAAAAAAAAAAAAAAAAAGGGAUUGUAAAACUUAAAACUUUUCAGUUUCAAUACGUGCUUAGUUACAGACUUUAAAUUUGCCGUUUGCAAUGUCUAUUUAGAGAUGCUAUUUAAGAGCUUUUAUAUAAUAAAUUUAAGCUAAAUGAAACAGAUCUAUUUUGUUUUCUUUCCUGACCUAUUGGAUCAUGCAUUAUAGGACUGGUCAUUGUAAAGUGGUAACUGGAAUGACCCAGGCUGCUUCUGACCUGAAGUUGCAGUUUUAAAAACCAAUAAUUUUUUUUUUUUUUUUUUAAAUCUGUAUAAUUUUGUGCUAAAAAACAAUCCAAUGGAUUACUGCAGGAAUCACAAUCUGUUCACCAGCCCUACUAAUGGUUCUUUUUUGCACUGUUAUUUAAUAUUUUUGUUUCAAUAAAUAUUUUUUUCAUAUUUAAGACAAAAAUUUACAGUGUACAACGUUAAACAUUAUGCCUGAGUGAUCUGUACACAUGGAAUAAAUGCUGCUUUUAACUUGUGA